AGCCGCCGCAUGUGAAAGUGAACGAGCUCCAUUCCCCGCAACUCUGACCAGCUCUACGCACUCUUCUCCGAGCAGCUGUGCCCCCAGCCGCCACAAUGCCCACCAAAAUGCCGUCACCCUCGAUACGCAUACCAAUUGAGCUCCUCACCCAAACGUCCUUCAGCCAGUUCGGUACUGUGAUUGAGAACCCCGCGCAUUCACCGCUCCCGCGCUCGCAGCUCGGCCCUCUACCCACUACCGUUUCCGCAAAUCAAGGCUCCGCCCUUAAGAUCCUCGAUGUCACGCACAUGUCCAACCUUUACAGCCUCGCGCCGUCCAAGAAGCCCGCAAAAGCAGUCAUGAACAUGUUUGUCUGCGCGCCGCGAGACCUGAGACCGCACGAGCCGAGUGAGAGCAUGCCAAGCAGUUGGGGUGACUUGGACUUCGACGAGGACGAUUACAGCAACGCGGAUAGAGAGCUGUUUGACGUGCGGAUCCUCGAGCGCCACCCAUUCACAACCCAGACGUUUAUCCCGAUGGGUCUGAGCGGGCAGGAGAGACAUACGCAGUAUUUAGUCAUUGUCGCGCCAACAUUGCCAGCCUCAUCGUCGAGACUACACACAGGGAGGCCGCCGCCAUAUCCGACGCCUCAGCCUAAGAAGAAGAAGAACGGCAUCAAGGACAUCUUUGCCCGCGCGCGACCAAGUCCCUUCACAAACGAGAACGCGCCGCCGCCGAGCCAGUUUUCGCGCUUGCAUCCCUCUGCGCGACCGAAGGGGCCGGGUCUUCCUGAUUUGAAGAAUAUACGAGCGUUUAUAGCUACCGGGAACCAGGCCGUGACGUACGGCGCAGGGACGUGGCAUGCGCCUAUGGUGGUGAUCGGCGCGCGGCCCAUCGAUUUUGUAGUUGUGCAAUUUGCCAAUGGCGUGGGUAUUGAAGACUGCCAGGAGAUAGAGCUAGAAACGGGCAAGACCGCAGAUGAAGGCAUUGUGGUCAUGGUGGAUUCAGAUUCGAGUGGAAAGGUGCAGGUCAAAGCUGGUGUUGGCAGCGUGAAAGCGAACUUGUAAUUCUCGCAGCGAGUACGUAACUUCCGUCUCGUUAUGGUGCUGUUGUUACUUGGUUGCAGAUAGUAUUGUAAUUGUAAUCGGGCCCUGCAUACGAAAUGCAGGCGUGCAACGACUUGCGGGUAAUCCCGUG